CUCACUUCGUGGGACAGCUGGACAGAGUGUCACCUCGAGACGUCUCUAAAACCGACACCCGAAGCGUUUCUGGCUCUGACUUGGAGCUUCAACAUUACCGACAGUAUCGUAACAUCGACCAGCGUGGAUGUGGAGGGACCGGGCUAUGAGGGCCGAAUCAGCCUGGAUAAGAGCACGGGGUCUUUGGUGCUCAGGAACCUGACGGAGGAAGACAGCGGGGAAUAUGAGUUGAUUAUCAUCCCGUAUGGCGCCGAGGCGAUUCAUGGACAUGUUAACUUGGAGGUGCUGAGUGAAGUGUCCAUACCAAAUAUGGCCUGUCCGACUGAAAACUUGAUGGAAGGUAUAAGCUCUGUCAACUUAACCUGCGACGCCAAAGGCACCGUAUCAGGCAGAGAGUGGAAGAAAGAUGGCAAGCCACUGCAGGCCGGGGACACGGUCGUUUUUUACGACGGCGGCAGAGUGUUAUCCAUCAGUCCCGUGGACAGGCGAGACUCUGGAGUCUUUCUCUGUAAAGUCAGUAAUUCCAUCAGCUUUGAUACCGCCAAAUGCAAACUCAAGGUCUUUUACGGGCCUGAUGAAGCGAUAAUCGAUCAGGAUCCGGUCGGCGCGGAGCUCGAGGACAGCGUCAAUCUGCGCUGCUCGGCCGAAUCACUGCCUAAGGCGCAAUUCUCCUGGAGGUUCAAGAAGAGUGUCACGUACGGUCCUGAGUACUACAUCGAGGAGAUGGAAAAGCGGCACUUGGGGAAGUACACCUGCACGGCGCGGAACGAAAUCACCGGUCUGGAGGCUUCUGCGGUCCACACAUUACGGGACUCUGGCGUUCUCACCAGUACGUCCAUGGUGGUUUGCACACUCUCGACAUUACUGGGACUCAUGUUGAUCUGAAUGACGGCACCAUUUUGGCUCUUUUUUUUUUUUUUUUUUAUUGUGACGUCCCAUAUUUGUCAACUCCACUUCAGCAUCAGCAAUCUUGACUUUUUUAAAUCGGCUAAAUUCCAACUGACGCAAAUGCUUGUAAUGUCCAGUGUGUGAUCCUAAAAGCAGUCUUUGGUCUCAUCCCCUUUGACCUUUCCAUGGAAACUGUUUUAUGAUCUAUUCAUCUGUCUUGCAAUCCAGUAAUAAAAAAUAUUUCUUAAACCCUGAUGAGCCUCUGAUAAUGUA